UUGAGCAUGCGUACGACACUGGCGUAAUGGAGGUCUAUCUUCCUUGACCACGGUGAUUUGUUAACAAAUCGUCUUCUGCUUUUAAAGCUUUGGAGCGAGCAUUCAGUCAUUACUUGGUCAGCUUUUUGUUUGCAGAUCAGAGCAACUCUUCUUCGAGGAUGGCGACAGACACUGAGUCCCAGCAGACUCCUGACUCCAGGAUCAUGACCUUUCACCCUACCAAGGAAGAGUUUAAGGACUUCAGCCGUUACAUCGCCUACAUGGAGUCACAGGGAGCACACCGAGCUGGAAUGGCUAAGGUUAUUCCACCCAAAGACUGGAAGCCUAGACGUACUUAUGAUGACAUAGAUGACUUGGUGAUCCCUGCUCCUAUACAGCAGGUGGUGACUGGCCAGUCAGGUCUCUUCACACAGUACAACAUCCAGAAGAAACCCAUGACUGUCCGAGAGUUCCGCAAGACUGCCAACACAGACAAGUUCUGUAAUCCCCGCUAUGUGGAUUUUGAGGAGCUGGAGAGAAAGUUCUGGAAGAACCUGACUUUUAACCCGCCUCUCUAUGGAGCAGAUAUCAACGGAACUCUCUACGACCCAGAUGUGACAGAGUGGAACAUUGGUCAUCUGAACACUAUCCUGGACACUGUGGAGAGGGAGAGUGGGAUCAAGAUAAAGGGAGUGAAUACUCCUUACCUGUAUUUUGGCAUGUGGAAAAGCACCUUUGCCUGGCACACUGAAGAUAUGGAUCUCUACAGCAUCAACUACCUGCACUUUGGAGAGCCCAAGUCCUGGUAUGUUGUUCCCCCUGAACAUGGGAAGAGAUUGGAACGUCUUGCUAAAGGGUUCUUUCCUGGGAGUGCUCAGAGCUGUGAAGCUUUCCUGCGGCAUAAGAUGACUCUUAUCUCACCCUCCAUCCUGAAGAAAUAUGGCAUACCGUUUGAGAAGAUAACCCAGGAGGCAGGCCAGUUCAUAGUGACCUUCCCAUUCGGUUACCACGCUGGUUUCAACCACGGCUUCAACUGUGCUGAAUCCACUAACUUUGCCACACAGCGAUGGAUCGAUUAUGGCAAAAUUGCCACACUGUGCUCGUGUCGUAAGGACAUGGUGAAGAUCUCCAUGGAUGUGUUUGUGAGGAAGUUCCAACCAGACCGCUACAAGGCCUGGAAGGCAGGGAAGGACAACACUCCUAUUGACCACUCCAAGCCCACGCCAGAGGCUGCUGACUUCCUGAAGACAGGGGAGCCUGGGAAGGAGGGUCCAAGCCGCAGCGAGGCCCCUGACCAGGAGAAUAUCCCAUGCACCACCACUCAGGAGGAGAAGAGCCCGAAGGUUGGGAAAAAGCGCCAGCGAGGAGGAGAUGUGGAGGCAGCAGAGGACGGAGACACUGAGCAGGUUGAUGAAGAGGAGGAGGAGGAGGGAGAGGUGGACCAGAAGAAAGCCAAGCUGGGUCAGGAGGAGAAGGGACACAGUCUGGCACACAAAGAGCUAAAGGCAGAGGAUGUUAAAAAUGAGCGAACAAAGCCACCACUCAACGCAAAGACCAACCGAAACACAAACGCCAGCCGAAAGCUAGCACUUCAGAUGAAAGCCAAAAUCUCUCUUAAAUCCACUCCAAUUAAGUCUCAGCCACAGACUAACAGUCAAUCAACCCAACCAGCGGCCCCAGAACCCUCCCCCCAGAGCUCAGAGAAGGCCGGCCCCAGUGAGGAUGUGAAGCCUCCAGCCAGCAGCUCCAGCCCUUCCUACCCAGCCAGCAGCUGCAGCCCUGUCCACCGGCUCUUUCAGAGGACCCUGAGCCCUGCAGACGUGCUACACGUCCACAGCUACGCCAAGGGAGACUACAGCGAGGGAGAGACUAGGGAGGGCAAGGCGGAGAGGAGGAAUGAUAGUAGUGAUAGUGAAGGAGAGGAACAGGACAACAGCAAGAGGGCAGAAGAUGGAGAGGAUGAUGGCGCUGUGCCCAGAAAACUGGGGAUGUUGCCUUGUCACCAGCGUCUGAUGAAAGACAACAUGAGUGACGAGGAGCUGCCAGAGCAGCCACCAGUAGACGAGGAUGGGCUAGAGGGAGAGUCGUGGGCCAAGCCCCUGGCCCACCUGUGGCAGAAUAGACCCCCCAACCUGAAGAAAGAGAAGGAGUACAACCGUUGCAUGGGCCUCCAGGCCCCAUACUGCUCUGUGUGCUCACUCUUCCAGGCAUUCCAGCAGACAGAGUGUGCUGAUGAUGGUACGGACCCUCCAGUGGUGCUGCCUGGAGGCAGGCUGAGAACCAAGCCUCUGAUCCCUGAGAUGUGUUUCACCACCACCACGGAGCCAGAGGAGGGCGCUGAGGAGAAGGAACCUGGCCCCCCGGACCCCACCACCCCUCACUUGGAGCCAGACGGCACCAGCCUGCUCAUCAGCUGCUCCCACUGCAGCGUCCGCGUACACACCAAGUUGCUGUUUGUGUUUGCUGAGGGGGGGUGCCUUGCAGAAAGCCAACAACAACAAGUGGGUCCAUGUGCUGUGUGCAGUAGCAGUGUUGGAGGCUCGCUUUGUGAACAUCACUGAGAGAAGCCCUGUGGAUCUGAGUGGGAUUCCUCUACAGAGGUUUAAACUGAAAUGUUACUACUGUAAGAAGCGGAUGAAGAAGACGUCCGGGUGCUGUGUGCAGUGUUCCCAUGGCCGCUGUCCUACGGCCUACCACCCUACUUGUGCCCAGGCCGCUGGGGUCCUCAUGCAGCCAGACGAGUGGCCCUUUGUGGUCUACGUCACCUGCUGCCGGCACAAGGGCCCUAUUCAGACAGAGCGUAACAAAGCAGCCAUGCAUGAGCUUACCGUGGGAAGGAGGGUGAUCUGUAAGCACAAAAAUGGCCGCUACUACCAGUGUGACGUGGUGCAGCUUUCCAAGGAGACGUUCUAUGAGGUCAACUUUGAUGACGGCUCCUUCAGUGAUAACCUCUUUCCCGAGGACAUUGUGGGCCGGGACUGUGCCCAGAUAGGCCCCCCUCCACAGGGGGAGAUGGUGCAGGUCCGUUGGACAGAUGGUCUGGUCUACGGGGCCAAGUUUGUGGCUGCUCACAUCAUCCAAAUGUACCAGGUGGAGUUUGAAGACGGGUCACAACUAACAGCCAAGAGAGAUGAUGUCUAUACUCUGGAUGAGGAGUUACCUAAGAGAGUCAAGUCAAGACUGUCCAAGGCGUCAGACAUGCGUUUCGAUGGGAUCUUUGAGGACAAGGAGGCCAUCCAGCAGUCGAAGAGGCAGAGAGUGAUCAACUCACGGUACCGAGGUGACUACGUUGAACCUGUGAUCUACAGAGCCAUCAUGGAGUAGCCUGCCAACUGCCUACUCUUCCAACAAACCACCAGCACUGAUAUUCCUGAUCUGGACUUCUCACUUUACCUUAAUUUAUCCACUGAGUGAGUGAGUGUAGCUCUGACUAAAGGACUUUGAAAAUAACUUUCCAACCCCUAGUUUGGACUGUUUUCUUUUUUCUUCCGUUCAUCCCUUCAUAAUUUACAGCAUUAUGCGCCAGUUUCCCGAACACUGAUUAAGCCUAGUCUUGGACUGAAAAGCCCUUUCAUUGGAUCUGCGUUUUAUGCUACGCUUAACCUGUGUCCAGGAAACCGGACCCAAUUGUUAUUACUUUUAUGUUUUCUUUGACUGUGAUCAAGGAUUGAAGAACAGGCCACCUUCUCCACUCGGUAUAGGUUAUAGAAGCCGGGAAGGAACUGCCAUCCAUGUCACCUUUUAUGCCAUCCUGCUAGUGCCCAGUAGCUGUAACUCGUCUCUUGAAUGGAAGCGAUAUUGGACCAUGAAUUUUGCUUCCAAACAAGAUGUAGCUUUCUAAUAAUAAUAGUAACAAUCCACUCAAUAGAACUGUGGCAGGAAUGACUUCCUAAAGGGAGUGAAGCAGACAAGUUACUGCCACUCAUCCUCAUAAACACUGAUUACAGUGUUUUCUGACUUGCAAUUUUACUGAAUGUUGCCAGUUGUUCCUUUAUGUACAUCUAUUUAUUUUCCUAUGUCGUUUUUCGGGGUGCUACUUGCACCUAUGUUUGAUUUUAAGGAGGUGCAAUGCCAUUUUAGUAACUAAUACCACCUCUUAGCAGAGUCACACUGUUGACUGCAUUCCUAAACAUUGUAUUUUGUAGGAACGCAUUGAAUAUAGCUUUUUCCAUUUUUAGAGUUGUUUUUUACCAGCGUAUUUAUUAUACUGUGCUUGAAGAAAGUAACCUCUGCAAUGCAGACAAUUUGUCAGUUGCAAUGGUGUAGAGGUUCUGGACUGAUUCUGAUCUAUGUUCUAUUUUUGCUAUAUAGAUGAAUUGGAAAUAACCCAUUCAGAAUUGCUAUGGGCGCUCCCUUUUUAUCCAAGUUGGUUCUUUACUCUUUAAAUGAAAAUUGUGCGUUGCACUUUUAUUCAAGCCCAUUUUGAGAGGACAGUUUAAUAGUUGUGUGCUACCAUUUUACUAUUUUUGUCAACAAAAAAAAACAUUUUUAAAAUAAUAUUGUACAUUUUAUAAGACCUUAUGCAUUGUGUCCCACCACGCUUCUCCACUCGGCCAUGAUCAUCAACCAUAAUGCACUUAUUAAUUAAGGAUAAGGUGGCCUUCAGAUUGUCUGUUAUUUUCCUCUAAACUGCUGUUAUCUUGAGUAUAGGGAUGCCACAUUCUGGUAACUUUCCCAGGUUUUCCAGAAAUCCUGGUUGAAAUUUCCCUGCAAUCAGGAUGAAUUAAGCAGGAAAUCCGUAAGUCCUUUUUAAAUAGGAUUUCUGGGAAUUGAGAAUUUUCUGAAUUUUGCAACCCUACUUGAGUGUGAGAGACAACUAAUGUAUGAUUUAGGCAGUUAUAGAGGCUCACAGAAGUACCACUAAGCAAGGGGUUUAUAUCAUCAGCAUUCAACAGUUUGGAAAUACUUAUGAUGAAUUAUAAUACAUGGGGGAAAAAUACAAGUUUUCUAUCAAAAAGCCUAUUUUAUUGCUUUGUUUUAUGAUACACAUUACAUUCACAGUCAGGAAGACACAGAUGUAAUUAUAAUAAGUAGUUUAUUUAAAGAUAUAAGCCGUUGAGCAAGGGAUCUUAUUUGUGCCCCAAAUGGCAGCAUAUUCCCUAUAUUGUGCACUACCUUUGACCAGGGCCCUGGUCAAAAGUAGUGCACUAUAUAGGGAAUGGGGUGCCAUUUGGGACUCAUCCCUGGCCUGUUCAUGUGACCUUUUUUCCUUUCUGUGAAAAAUGUACCAUCAUUCAUGCAUUUUGUAAAGAUGAUAAUUUUGUUUCAGUAAAAACAUUUUGGCUUGCAUAUUGU